AUUGCGUCGCCUAGAGGCUGGUGGCCACAUGUUGGUCAGAUGGUACCUGGUUAAACAUACCUUUGCAGAAGAUAAGCUUCAUUCAGUCGCUGCUGAUCGGAAACCGUUUGGCGGACCGACUAGCGUGCAGUUAAUUUACAGCUGCUCGCAGCGGGACGAAAUAAGAAAGGCACAUAGCUAGUGAACGGACAACCGACCCUGACCAGAGGAAGAGCUGCAGAGAUAUGGGUGUUUUGUACUCAGAGCCGAUGUGCCAAGCUGCGUAUGAGGAUGACAUCCAUAGAGUUGCCCAACUGAUGAACGCAGAUCCCAGGAAUUUAAAUGUUCAAGAUGACUUGUUUGGAGAUACACCCAUCAUCGCUGCCUGCAAACGAGGAAAUGUCAAGACGGUCAAGUAUCUUCUUGAUCAAAAUGCAGAUGUGGAAAUACGAAACAAGAAGCAGAGGACAUGUUUGCACUAUGCUGCUCGGCACACAUUUUCGUUCUUGGAUUAUUUGAUAAUUGUAAUCCUGAUGCCCGUCAUGCUGAUUGGAUACCUCAUAAUGAUGGAAAAGCGCAACAAGAAUGCGACUCUGAUGAAGGUGAUUUUAAACACGAAUGUGGACAUUAAUGGCGUAGAUUGCAAAGGAAACACUGGACUUCAUUAUGCCUGUCAGAGAAAAAGUGACCGCCUUAUUCCAUUGUUACUGCAGAAAAAUGCUGAUCCUUCAAUAAGAAACCAGGAUAAUGAGACUCCACUGGAUAUUGCCAAGAGACUGAAAUUUAUAAAGAUUAUACAAAUGCUGAAAAAAUCAUAUUGAAUGAUAAACAUGCUAUAAAUCGGUAAGUCUGUCCUAUCAAGCUGUCACGAAAAGCUCACAUUUGCUGUUUGUGAACCACAGGGCGAACAUUCCCUCUGAUGUAGUCGUUAGUGGUUGCAUUACCAAACCAGCUUUGUUUGUGAUAUUUUGCUUGGCAUAUGUCUUGGAAAAAGGCUUGUGUCACUGUUCUAAAGUUUUAACACCAUUUUUUUGCCAACUGUUACACAUGUCCUGUUGCUAUCAGACAGCACAUUAUUUUGCAGUUUCUAUGCCUUUCCUAUUCAGUGAAAGCUUGAGAAUGAUCCACAGCUUAUUUCAAAUGUGUCAAAUAUGAAACUUUUUUUUUUCUUUCUCCAUGUGAUAUGCCUGCGACUGUGCCUAUUCUGUAUUCAUGUAAUGUUAUGUGCAGGUGUCAAAUUCAAAAAGGGGUUUAUUUUCAACUUGUGACCAAUGAAGUUAAAAAAUAAAACUGAAACACUCAA